AUGUGUCUUGCACACACAUGUGCCACUGUCUUAUGGGUGGAGGGCUGGCUGGGUGCCCUGGCGCUGCUGGGCGUGCUGGUGCUGUGCCAGGGGCUGCGGCGCCCCGGGGGUUCCCCGCACGCCCACCCCGUGCUGUGCUACAGCGGCGCCGAUCUGGGGGAUGAGCCCCCCUCGCAGCUGCUGGGGCGCAGCCUGCGCUGGGACCGCUACGUGCCCGUGCAGCUGGUGCCACAGCUGGAGCAGCUGGAGAGCACCAGGCACCGGCGGCACCGGCGGCACCACCUGCACGCCUGCCCCGCGCUGCAGCCCCGUGCCAGCCUCCGCAGCGAACCCAACGAACGCUCCAUCUCCCCGUGGCGCUACCGCAUCGACGAGGACGAGAACCGGUACCCGCGCAAGUUGGCCUUCGCCGAGUGCCUGUGCAGCGGCUGUGUGGACGUCAAGACGGGCCGGGAGACGACGUCGCUCAACUCGGUGACCAUCCACCAGACCAUGAUGGUGCUGCGGCGCAAGCCCUGCCCGCACCCCGCCGGGCUGGGCCUCGUCACCUUCGAGGUGGAUUAUAUCAAGGUGCCCGUGGGCUGCACCUGUGUCCUGCCCCGCACCGGGCGCUGA